AUGACCUUCUACGAACAAACCCUAGCCCCCAGGCCUACCACCAUCCUCGAACCCCCCAUCUCCCGCCCAUCCGACGCCCCAUCAGCAACCCAAUCUCCCAUCCCAAUCCACCCCCCUAGGGACACCACCCCCAAUGACCCCAAAACAACCACCAUUUCCUCCCCCAAACCCUUCCCCCUCCCCACCCUCCGCCUCGAAAACCGCAACCUAACCCACCCCGCCUCCGCCCUCCUCUUCACCUCCAUCAACCCCGCCACCGUCCUCCCCGACUGCCUCCAAAACGUCCUCCGCCUCCUCUACCACACCCCCUCCUCCCACUCCUUCACCCCACCCCCAACCCGCUCCGUCACCCUCAUAUUCCGUGACAUGGACGGCGUGGCCUACACAACCGGCACCGACCUCGACCACGACCACAAAGAAAUCCACUUCAACCUCAACCACAUCUCCAACGUAGCCUCCCGUCCCAACAGCCCAACCCGCGUCCGUGACGAGAUCAUCGGCGUCAUCACCCACGAACUGGUCCACUGCUACCAGUGGGACGCAAAACACACUUGUCCAGGGGGGUUAAUAGAAGGGAUCGCUGACUGGGUGAGGCUGAAUUGUGAUUUGUCCCCGCCGCAUUGGAAGAAGGAGGUUGAUGGCGCCUGGGACAGAGGCUACCAACAUACAGCCUACUUCCUCCAAUACCUCGAAGACAUCUUCGGCAACAGCACCAUCCGCCACCUCAACGACCACCUCCGCCACCACAAAUACCACCAGGACUCCUUCUGGGAAGAGCAAUUCGGGCUUGGGGUGGAAGAGUUAUAUGAGGGUUACGUCCAGCAUCACAAGGAAGAGGAAAGGAAGGUUAAGAAGAAGCAAGACGACCUUUGA